GCUGGCUGCACACAGCAGGGUCAGGAGGUCUGCAGCACACAGGGAGAGAUGUGGCAAUAAAAGGGGCGAGGAGGGAGCCCUGAGGAGCAUCUACCUGCAGGAGACCGCUGUGAGGAGAGGGAGCCGUGAACAUGGGAGCUGCUGUGCUGCUGGUUGCUGGUCUGGCCUGGAUGAUGCUGGAGACUGCAACUGCCACUGGUACUUUGCAGAGUGGAGAGUGGAGCUGUGCAAAGCCUGCAGAGAUUGAACAUGGCUACGUGGAGCACCUUAUCAAGUACCACUGCAACCCACACUACCAGCUGCGUGGCUCUGGGAAUGGCACGUACAAGUGUGACACAAAGUGGGUGAGUCCUGAAGGUGUGGCAGAGGUGCCUGUGUGUGAGCCAGUGUGUGGGAGGCCGAAGAACCCCCCUCAGCAGAUGCAGCGCAUCAUUGGGGGCCUGCUGGCGAGGAAGGGCAGCUUCCCGUGGCAGGGCCGGCUGGUGACCCGCCACAACCUCACCGUGGGAGCCACGCUCAUCAGUGACCAGUGGCUGUUGACCACGGGCAGGAACGUCUACCUGAACCACAGCGAGGGCACCAGCCCCGAGGAGCUCGCCGCGACGCUGCGGCUGUUCCUGGGCGGCCGUGGGCAGCUGGCUGCGGCCAUCGAGCGUGUGGUACUGCACCCCGGCUACCCUCACGACGUGGACCUGGCGCUGCUGAAGCUGAAGGAGAAGGUGCCCCUCGGGGAGGAGGUGAUGCCCGUCUGCCUGCCACAGAAGGACUACGCGCAGCCGGGGCGGGUGGGAUACGUGUCGGGCUGGGGCCGUGGCGCCUCCUUCGCCUUCGCCGACAUGCUGAGGUACGUGCAGCUGCCCGUGGCAGAGGACGAGCGCUGCCGGCAGUACUACGGGGCCCGGAACGGCUCCGUCUGGGUGCAGCCCCUCCUCAGCAACCACACCUUCUGCGUGGGCAUGAGCGAGCUGCGCGAGGACACGUGCUACGGGGACGCCGGCGGCGCCUUCGUCGUGCAGGACCCCGACGACGGCGCCUGGUACGCGGCCGGGAUCCUCAGCUACGACAAGACGUGUGCGGCCGCCAAGUUCGGCGUGUACGUGUCCGUGCCGCGCGUGCUGGCCUGGCUCACGGCCACCAUGGCGGCUGGCUGAGGAGGCCGGGGAAUAAAACCGCCGCACACCUGCCUGCGGGCCCUGA